GUGCCUCUCCACAUUUUGCCCGUCGCGGCACCCCUUCUUCAGCGCUGCUCAUUGCGCCGUAUUUCUCAAGUCCAUUGCGUUUGUUCCAUAGUCCUUCGUCGGUUGAGAUAGCGGUGUCUGGACCACCCAAAGGCCGUCUCUCUCUUUUUCCAGCUUUCUUUCCGUUUCCUCGAUAAUCUCAUACAUGGCGACUACCGCUCGCCCGCUCAAGCCAGGAAAGAAGGCGCCAGGGCCCGAGCCCGCCAGACGGACACCCGCGUGGACAGGCGCGCGCGCAUCCCCGACCUUCUCUCCCAGCGGCACCCCGCGCCCGCCGAGCGCAGCCCCGACAGCAGCGAACCCGAACGCACCAGCAGCGACGAACGGCAGCGCCAAACCAGAGGACAGCGUCCUGCGCCCGUUGACAGGCCUGAUAGGCACGACGAUCACGCUGCAGACCAAGACCGGCGCGCACUACGAGGGCGUCGUCAUGUCGACGAGCGGCGAGGGCGACACCACCGGCGUCACUCUUAAGGACGUCAAGGAUAUCAACCACCCGGGCGGUGCACUCAAGGACCAGCAAUUCGUUGCAUCCACAAACAUCGAUAAGUGGUCGUCGGGACCCGCGAUCGUUGCCAGCGCCCCCGACACGUUCCGCACAGACACGGACAUCAGCGCCAAGAAGGGCCCAGGGCGUGAACGGGAGUUGCAAGCAUGGCAACCGAGCAGCGACGGCGGCAGUGGCGGGGGCAUCGGCGGCGGCAGCGGUCCUUCUGGCGACGAGCUCACCUUCGGCCCCGGUGCAUCCGGCAACACGAGCUGGGAUCAGUUCGCGACGAACGAGAAAUUGUUUGGCGUCAAGACCGACUUCGACGAGAACAUCUACACUACGAAGCUGGAUCGUAGCGGGCCCAACUUCAAGGAGCGCGAGCGUGAGGCCCAGCGUAUCGCUAAUGAGAUCCAAGGGACUGCCUCGAGCAACCCUCACAUCAACGAGGAACGCAAUCUCGUCGAUGACAGCGGCGUGAACGAGGAGGACCGCUACGGUGCAGUCGUUCGCGGUCCAAAUGCAUAUGUUCCUCCAGGCGCCCGCAAGGCCGGCGAUGGACCCGCCCCCAAGGCCGAGGUGCCCAAGGUCUCCGUCAACGGGCCCGAUGGCAAGGCUGCCCAGCCCGCAUCACCCGCUCCGGCUGCUAACAAGCCGGCUGCCGAGGCUGCCUUCCGCGAGUUCGUGCAGGGCGAGAAGCAGCGUCUUACGCUCAAGCGCCAGGCCAUCGUCAAGAGCGAGAUGGAUAAGAAGAUGGCUGAGCUGAUCAAGUUCAGCCAGAGCUUCAAGCUUAACAAGCCCAUUCCCGAGGAUCUCGUCAACAUUCUCGCCAAGGAUGAGGAGAAGCAGAAGGCUAUCAAGGAGAAAGCCCAGAAGGACGCUGCGGCGGCCAAUGCUCGCAGCAUAGGCCCGUCGUCCACCGCUACGCAGACGGCGGCUCCUGGCGUGCCUCGUAGCGUGUUACCUCCCCCGAGCAACAAGCUCAAGUCGACCACGGUCUCGCCCAAGGAGAGGCCCCUCGCCGCUCCUCCCGCGAGCGCGUCGAAUACGAAGACGACUGCGGCGAAGCCCUCGGACAAGCCCCGCCUGAGCGCUAGCGGGAAGCCGCUUGUGCCCAUGGUCAUCCAGCCGAUCCCGCCGUUCAAGGGCCCCAAGUCGCGUCCCGUGUCGCAACAGCCGACGCCUAGCAGUGCGCAGGCCCCCUUGAGCCCGAACGGGAUCAACAAGUUGAACGUGAACGCGUCGUCGUUCAAGCCCGGGCCCAAGGGAUCGCCGGCGCCAUCGCCGUCGCCGGUCGCCCCUACGCCCAACGGCGCGCCCGCCGGGAAGCCGAAGCCAGAAGCACCGAACCCCUUCUUCGGAACGCGCCCCCUGCGCAAGCUCCCCGCCGUUCACCUUAAGGAUGACUUCAACCCGUUCAAGUCCGGGAAGGUCAUGGACAAUGCGCGCGAAGUUGCCCCCGCAUGGCCGUACAGUGGCAAGCGCUUCAUGCUCAUGUUCCCGAUGCCGCAGCAGCAGCAACAACAGCAGCAGCCACCCCAGCCGUCGCCGCACAUGGUGCAGCCGGUACCCCCGCCGAUGCCCCCUCCGACGUACGAGGAUCCCGACGCUAACCAGCAAGCGCAAGCGCGUGGAUACGUGUACGCGUACCCGCCAUAUGCUUAUCCGGGACAGAUGAUGCAGCCGAUGAUGCCACCGCCGGGUCCCCCGGGGGCUUAUAUGCCUGGACCGUAUAUGCAGCCUAUGCCGUAUCCUCCGGGGAUGCCGCCCAACGGUCAGUAUGUCGCUAUGUACCCGCCGGGUAUGCAGAUGCCGCCUCCUCAGGGCUAUAUGCAGCCCCCACCACACCCAGGUUACCCGCAGCCACCGAAUGGUGCGGGUCCACGACAGUCGAUGCCGGCGACGCCCAUUCCGCCGCACGCGCACCCUUCGUACUACCACCAGAGCCCGCAGCUUGCCCAUGCCGUGCCGUAUCCGAUGAUGAUGCCUCCGCCGCCGAACGUUCCGCACCAGGGGUACGAGGGCGCCCCUGCGCCACCCGUGCAGAUGGGCGGGCAUGCAUGAGGCGGGCGCGACUACGACCACGCUUACGAUUAGUGAGAGGGGGAAGGACCUUCCUUGAUUUUAGACGGGUGAGGGGGUAAUGGAUGGAUGGGGUGACCCGCUCGACCCGUCGUUUUUAUCGAUCGUUUCUACUCUCGUAUCCUGCCGUUUUCGUCUUCUCACCUCAUCUCACGCUGCCCCUGCGUACGCUUCACCCUCUACGUACGUCUCUCGCCUCUCCUCCGCUCCACGUACUCCCACUCUUCCUCACGUACGUACCUCUCUUGCUAGCUAGCUGCCGGUUCCUCCCUUCGCGAUGUUGUGCUAGUACUACAGUUCUGCGCGAUGUUGUGUUGUCGAUGCUUUCUUCACAAAAUUUGGUGGGCGGAUAGCUUG